AUGGCCCCCGUCCGCCGCUACCUCCGCAUCACCAAAUACUCGGUCCUCGAGUGCCGCAUCUACCUCGACAACCCGGCCCUCGCCGCCUCCUGGCUGCUGCACCCGCGCGACCCCGUGCUGCCGCGCGUCAUGGACGCCGUGCGGCCCCUCGUGCUGCCCAAGCUGCGCGAGGAGCAGGCCCGCGCCCGCGCCCGCAAGAAGACGGCCAAGAGGCGCCAGAUCAAAGACGUCGCCGCCGGCGACGGCUUCGAGGUCUCCGUCUUCCUGACCGAGACGCCGACGCGCCACGCCCUGCUCGCGAAGCAGCGCCGCUUUCGUGACAAGAACGCCGGGGACCCCGCGCGUCGAGACUCCGCCGUGCAGGGCCGCCUCAUUGCCGAGACGAAUGCCGCGCCCGUCGACGUCGACGCCUUCCUGGGCCGGCGGCAGCAGCAGCAGCAGCAGCAGCAGCAGCAGGGCACCAUCACCAUUCGCGAAGAGUCGGACGACGAAGACGCCGUGGCUGCGCUGGCCGAGAUACCCACGCGGCAAGACGACGGACCACCGCCUGCGCGACCCGCCAAGCGACGCCGUGUAUUCUCCCCACGGGCGUCCCCUGACGACGACGAGUUUGCGUCGACAUCGGAUGACGAGCCUGGCGGUGAACGAGCCGACGAAAAUGCCAACGAGAGCGAACACGACGACGAUAACGACGACAACGACGACGACGGUCUCUUCGUAGACGACCAUCCCGAAGAGCCCGAGACGUCACCGCCCUCGAAGCGCCGGAAAAAGCAGGAGCAGAGCCCGCCCGAGGGUGCCGAGAAGGCGGUGGGCGGCUCACGUGGCGGUCACGACCAUGAGGGCGAUGACGGCGAUGACAAGAAGAAGAUGGCCAUGGACGUCUCGUUUGAGGGCUUUGCCAUCCACGGACGCGUGCUGUGCCUCGUGGUUAAGAGGCGCGACACACACAGGGCCCCGGCAUCCUCGGGGCGGUCCGCUGCGUCGGCUGCGUCAGGGGCUGCUGCGCCCGCUGGUCAGGCCAUCAUGGAGAACUGGAUCAGCUCGACGCAGAUGCCGAACCCGGGGGCCGAUGUCGAGGCCAUCGACGAGUGA